AUGGCAUACGGCAGAACCGAAGAAGUACUUAUAAUUUAAGAGCGAAUAUCAGAUGCAGAAUCAGUAAGGAGUUAAAAGCUUUUCCGAAAAAUGAAAGUGGAUCCCCAAGGAGGGAUUGUGAUUAAAUAGAAAAAGUUGUUUUAGAAAAGGAACUAAUUGAGAUAGGAGGGAUUGAAAUUAUCUUUAAUUGGAUUAGCUAUGCUCGAGAAAAGGAAGGCAAGGAUAUUGUUUUGCCUCCAGAGAAUGUCUUUCCUAAAGGUCUAAGAAGUUUUUGGAAGAGUAUGGAUGCAGUAACUACCUCAAACUCUUAUUAAUUUGAAUUGGAAAUUUCUUGAGAAAUCUAAAGUAAUAACAGUAGUAAAAUACCUUAGAAAGGUCUCUUCGUUAACGGUACUAAGAAAGAUUUAAUAAGAAAAUAAAUCUUUUCUGAAUUGAUUAACGAUAGUCUAGAGGAACUUGAAGUAGAAGCCAGGGGUUUACUCUCCUUGAUUUAGUUGUCAUACAUUGGAUCAGACAUUGAAAUUUCUUUANUUAAAAUGAAGAAAGUAGGAUUGAAGGUUGGCAUCAAUGGUUACUGGGCAAAACUUUUCAAUUAUUAGUUCCCCACUUAAUAGAGUACCGGAUAACAAAAUCAGGAAAUGAGAUUCUUAAAUUGGAAAUUUUUUUCGAAAUUAUAAGAUUUUAUCAGAAUGAUCAAUCAAAAUUCAAAAUUAAGGUUUGAAAAUGUCAUAACAACCAUAUAAGCAAGAAUAGUGAUACACAAAUUUAACUCAUUCCUAGUUAAUAGUUAUUGGAUUAGAGACCACAAAAAGACCUUCCAUAUAAUGGAAAAUGACAUAGGAAUUUGGCAUCAUGUUCUUUUACAUAGAUAUUAUAUUUAAAACAAUUAAUAUAAAGUUUAAGAACUAUUCAUUUCUGUAGAAAAUUAUGAAAAACAAUUAAUUUAAUCAAAAACGUAAUAUUGA